AUGACCACGCCACCGAGCGUUGCCGCUAAGCUCGAAACCUCCUGUACCUACGUUUGCGACCAAGAUACUGCGCUGCCAUCACAUUGUUUUUCGCCUGGUUCUCACACCUUCCACCCUGCGCCUUUUGCCCGUCGAGCCUUUGGUCAGGCUACUUCGGCGCGUACGGCGCAGUGCAAGAGCAGGAUGUCUACGAGAUCGUUGCGGCAUCGGUCCAGCCGCUACUCGAGUCCAGCCACGUUCGCUGAGAAAGAGAUGGCCUCAAAGCCCACUGAGGCUCCAGUGAUACGAAAUGGCGGGCAAUCGAGUCUGGAUGCAUGGAUUGAACCACCGCUGCGGCCUGCGGUUCCGAGUUUCGAAGACACAAAAGGGCUUGAGAGGCUUGGUGUGCUGGAAAACAUGCAACCACUCGGGGUGGCACCUACCCAGCGAAUGCUGCAGAAAUUGAAGCUGAACUAUGUCCGGCCGUCACCACGCCCCACGCCGGUACAGCCUGAAGAAGCGAGAGCAGUGGCGACGGAGCCUGAAAAGCUGGACUUUGCGUCACCCUUGGAGUCUGAGAUAAUGUCGGAUCAGCCGUCUGAACCACCUCGACAAGGAGAUACUGUCGUCAUUUCUAGUCCGCCGCGUGGCCGACCACCCAGAAAAGACAUGUCGGAUAUAUCUCAGCCAGCCAAUGUGUCGCCAUCGCCGGUCCAAUUAUCCUUGACUCCUACGAGUUAUGUAUCGCCAAAACCUCCAUCAAUACAAGAACACUUGAGGCGUGACCGACUACAUACCCAUCUUGACCGGGCUGUCCAGGAAGCUCAACAGAAGGGUUCGGCAGAUCUUAUUCCCGGUCUUGAGAGGUUACGUGACGACGCCCAAAUUAUGCCAGACCUCUGGAACGUACUCGAGGCAGUCGUGCAGCAGUCACCGAGUACGGCACAGUUCAAAGUCUUCAAGCGGUACAUCAAGUCCGGCAUUAAAACUCACAGACGUGCAAGUCAGAUUUCAGCCAGUCCUUAUCAGUCUACUCCUCAACGAUUUGACAGCUUCACCUCUCCUAGUCAUCCACAUCACUCACCGAAUCCUGCUCAGCCCGAUUUUACAUCAACCGGGCCCCCAGCAACUACACACCCCAGAAUAUCUCUCUACUUCAAUCGGUCUCGUCCUCAAUUAUCUUAUGGGCCUGGGAAUGCACCCAUCUCGCCGUCCACGGUAGUGCACACCAUGGAGGCCACUAAUUCCGUCGAGAAUCCAACUCAGACCGUCACCAUGACAUCGCACAAGCGAAAACGAUCACGGAGCGCAUCAAGCGGAUCCUCGCUGUCGUCGGCCAAAUCGAUACCUGAUGAAUUUGGGCCUCCUCUGGCACUUGGUGACAGACAGUCAGGCAGUGUGCGCGCCCGGUCAGCCGGCCAGCGCCAAGCCACCAACCGAGCGACAGCUGGCAACAGACUUCGUUCAGCUGCCACAGCCCCGAAUUCUCAGUCGCCUGGAAAACAGUCACUUAUCGAUCCAGCACUCACGACUCAAGGUCCAUCUAAGAAGUUGAGAAAGAGUCGAGACGAGCCUGAUUUCGACGUCGAUGAGCUGUCACACCGGAAGCACCAUUAUUUGGAUGACUCUUUUCAUGACUACAACACCAUCCCUCGACCUGAGAGCAACGAACGAGGGCCUGUCAACGGUACGUCGGCCGACUUCUACUUGGAAGAGACUCCUCCAGCUCCGAUCCGCCAUCACCACCAAUUAUCGACCUCAAACGUCAAUCUGUCAUCUCCGUUGAGCUCUCAGGCCGCGGCCGAUACUAUACUGAUCAACGGCUCGCGGCGAAAGAGAGCCUACGAUGAAAUCUACGCCGAUGAUAUCGAUGUUAGUACUUCUGAAUCACAGUCACCGGGUCCAUUGCUUGUACCACCACCGCCACUGGGUGUAGCAAACGCAGCCUCACGAGGUGCAACUCCACGAUCAAGCAGAUUUGCACCACCACCAAAAGGCGUACGCAAAUCUGCUCGUGUGAUGGUAUCACCCAACAAACCAAAGAAUGGUGGCAUCACGGCAGGAAUUUCACGUGCGGGGCCUGGGCGUGAUGUUACGAUCGGCAACGGGGCGGAUUCAGGCGCUGAAGUGAGCAUACCUACCAAAUGUUUCAUGCAUAACCCAGCAGGGACUGACCCCGUGUAUCAGGACAACGACGAAUUUUGUGCAUCGUGUGGCGGCGAAGGCAAGCUUCUUUGCUGUGACGGCUGUACUAAUUCCUUCCAUCACGCAUGCUUAGAGCCUCCAUUGGAUGCCGAGCAAGAAGUUGAGGGCGAAUGGUUUUGUCCACAAUGCGUCGCCCGGCGGAACAAAUCAACCACCCGGCCAACAGGCCUUCUUGGGUCGCUUCUUCGCCAAGUUGACGAGACCAUUCCCAGAGCAUACGCUCUUCCGCCAGAGGUUCGCGACUAUUUCGAAGGUGUUAAGACGGGCGAAGAAGGCGAAUACGAAGAAGUCGGCCUUCCUCGCACCCAGAAUAAUGCGGUGAAAAUGAAUCGAGCCGGGUUCAUUGAAGAACCAAACUACAAAGAGACUCGCGACAGCAAAGGAAACCUUAUCCUGUGCUACCUUUGCGGUCUUACUUCCAACGGUCGCGACAUCAUUCCUUGUGACUACUGUCCAGCUAAGUGGCAUCUGGAUUGUGUCGACCCUCCACUUGCUGUCCCUCCCAGACGUCGUGCAGAUGGGAAACCAAGCUCAUCAUGGCGUUGUCCCCUUCAUAUCGAUCAUGACCUCGCUGCCCUUGGUCGCCAAGCUGAAGCUGCUCCCGGCGAUCUUGGUCGUGUUCCUCGACUGCGCAAGCCGAAGAGCGCUGUACCGCUCGAUAUCCCUUUCUCUCGAGGGUUCCCCAACAAUGGAAUCAUUGAAAUUGAUCUUAUGAAGGACGAGUCUGUUUUCGACAAAACUAAAGAACUUCAUAUGGAAGGCAAGAUAUAUCGGGUUCCGGAGAAGAGCAUCCGACUGGACUUUAUUGAUCGUGUCAAGAAGAGCUGGUACGAAGAUCAUGCAUUCCCAAGACAGUUGAACGCUCCCAAGAAGAUUCGAAGCAAGAAAUAUCGUCCUGAUGGGGUUGUCUUGCACCAUCCGCCCGAAGAGACAUUGGUCAAAAUUCGAGAACCUGAUUUCUUUACUGGGGCAAACGCACUCGCCAUUACCGAAACAGCAAAAGCAAACGCGGCGCUACGCAAGCGGUCCAUCAAAGAACAACAAGCAGUGCUUAACCUAGCUGAGAUGUCUCAGAGAGGUGUCGAUGGUUAUUCUGGUGAUGCACUGGCAGAAUUAACGAAUGCUCUCGUUAGCGAAGCCCCCUUUGAGGUCGUUCAGGCUGUUGAGCACCAAGAAGUUGACCAACUCCUUGCCUUGCAAGAUCUGAUCACGAGAAGACUUGCAGUACUCGGUCAUGCAACACCUAUGGCUUCAAUUGAGCGAGACACUCCUGCUCAGGAUGGAGGCGAAGUCCCAUCGACUAACAUGCUUCUUAAUAACGUCAAGUCAAAGAUGGUGAAUGGCGAUGUGGCUAAGCAGCACCCGGAAGAGGAAACAAAUGGCACAGCGAAUAGAGAAGAAGACGAUGCCGAUAACGAGAUGGAGAUGACUCCUUGA